AAGAUUGCUUUUAUCUGUAGAGGAAAACCUGCCUGCCAUGUGAACAGGAAACAGUUCAUUGAAGAGGACAAGUAAAAUCAAAAUAUCAGGUGGCAGCUUGGUAAACUUUCAAUAUAUAUUUAUUUCCUCUGACUGUAAGAUCUUAUUUUUCUACCCAAUCCUAAAAUAUUCGGUUAAAAGGUUGGAUUCUGUGGCGGCGAUGAUUUUCAACGAAAGUAACACGACCUAUUACAACAUACCAUCCACUGUUUCCCCAGGUGAAUCAGGAACUGCGGCUGAAAGCCGGUUUUUUAAAUGGUCACGCAUCGCAGCCUACAGCGUUAUUUGUGUUACUGGAGUUCUAGGUAAUCUAUUGGUUAUUCUCGCUAGUCGUAAACCAGGCAUGACCACAGUGAGCAACGUUCUCAUUGCAAAUCUUGGAUUGGCAGACCUCGCAGUCUCUCUCAUCAACAUGCCCACUGUAGUUACAUAUAGUCAUCUGGUGUACUGGCCAUUCGGUGCUGCCCUCUGCAAGCUUGUUCCGUUCCUGCAAGGCUUAACUUUAUCUGCCUCAGUGGGUACGUUGGUUGCCAUCGCCGCUGAGCGAUACUGGCAUAUAGUUUUAUACACAAGAAGAAAGCUCACCGUCCGUGAGGCUCACAAAGCCAUAGUGCUCAUUUGGGUGUCCUCCAUUUUUAUUCCUGUCCCGCUGUUGGUGUUUAGCAAGACCAUAAGGUGGAAUGAAGAAGCCAGAGAGAUCUGCAUCGAAGAAUGGCCAAAUCUGAAAACCAGGCAAGCUUACACAACUCUGGUGUUCUUGCUGCUGUAUUUUCUUCCCUUAUUGUUCAUCUGUGGGCUUUACGUUCGGAUCGGUCGCUUCUUGAAAACCCUGCCGACAACCCAAAGUGUUAACAACCGAAAUCAGAGGAAGGUGAUCAAGAUGUUGGUUACUGUGGUGCUUUUGUUUGGUCUCUGUUGGUUACCAUACCACAUCGUCUAUAUGUAUGCCGAAUUCAGUCUGUCCCAGCUCACGCCACCUUUCAUCUCGUUCAUCCUAUUUGCUCAGUGGCUGAUGUUCACCAACAGCGCUUGUAAUCCAAUUGUAUACGCAGCCCUGAAUAAUAACUUUAGGGGCGCAUUCUUGUCGAUAUUGUUUUUUUCAAGUCGCAAACAACCGCGAAGGCGCAGGCGAACUGCCUCAACUUCUGUUCAGGUUGUACAGAGUGCCCAGUGAAUGAUUGUCACAAGUUUUCGAAAGCUAUAGAAUGAGUUAAACCAAUGUAUAGCUUUAUUGACAAUAAAAAAUCCAACUGUUCAUUUACCCUGCAGGUGGAGAAUAUAUGGCGGAACACAGCUCUACCAGCCGUGUGUUUUACAACGGCUGUAGCUAUGUAAUAUAUCCACCGUCCGCUUUUACAUACAUAAGGCAAUUGUAUUUUACAUGAUUAAUUUUAUGCAGGUUUAAAGGCUGAUUUAUAAUUUACAUUGUAACGAACCCUCUGAAGUCAUAUUUUUCUCGUGCAGGAAACAUCCAAUCUGAUUAUGUCACUUAAAAUAAGUGUUAUAUGGAUGCCUGUGCAAAAUUAAGUGCCGAAACUCCGUGAUGAUGUUUCUCUAAACGGACAGAUCCUUCAGCACAGGACGAAGCGCGACAAAAGCAUUCCAUGUCAUAACAACUACAUGCUCGCGAUUAAAAAGGUCAUUGUGUCUAUUGAAAAAUGCUAUAAGUCAGGAUUUCAAUAGUAAAUAAAA